AUGGACCCCAACGCCUUCACGACCCCGUUCCAGCUCACCAAGUCGCUCAAGCGCGAUGUAUACCCAGCCAUCGAUCCCAAGAACUCCACUCUCAGCGCCAAGGGCAAGACCAUCCUGAUCACGGGCGCCACAGGUGGUUUAGGAGGCGAAGUGGCUCGUGCCUGGGCUAUAGCCGGCGCCAAGGGCAUCGUGCUUGUCGGCCGCAACAAAGAUCUGUUGGCAGAGCCCGCCAGCGCCAUCGCCUCCCUCAGCCCCGAGACCAAGGUCCUCAGUGCCACCGCCGAUCUGACCAACGAGGCCGAAGUCCAGAACUUGUUCAAGAAGGCGACCGAUGCCUUUGGCACCGUCCACGUCGUGGUCCAUGCCGCGGGUAGUAUGGUAGGCGGACCUGUCGGCGACCUCGAACCUAGUGUUUGGUUCAGCGACUACGAGGUGAACGUCAAGGGCUCGUAUAUCCUCGCACACUACUACCUCAAGGCCGUUGAGUCCGGUACGCUCAUCCUGCUGAACACGCUCGGCUCGUCCUUCACAGUUCCCGGCAUGAGCGCCUACUCGGGCAGCAAGAUGGCGCUGCUCAAGUUGGCCGAGUACCUGGACGCUGAGAAGCCUAAUCUUCGCGUCUUCACCCGCGGUAUGGUCGUCGACCAGCUCACGCCGUUUGCGCACGACAAGGGCAUCCAGACGGGUGGCUUAUCGCUGUACCUUGCGCAGCCAAAGGCCGACUACCUCAAGGGCUCAUUCCUCAGCGUCAACUGGGAUGUAGACGAGAUGGAGGCGCAUAAGCAGGAGAUCACCGUGCAGAAGCUGCUCAAGCUUGGAUUUCUGAACGCGAAGCUCGGCCCGGAAGGUCAUCCGUGGUCCGCGUGA